CCCCGAGUCAAAGAGACGGAGAGAGCGGGUUUGAAUAGUUACAAAAACGGAAAUGUUAAGGUUCUGAGUCGGAUUAAAUGUGCUUAAAAAUUGUCAGUCGUCUACAAGUGAAACCCACGGAUUCCGGGAGUGUCAGAAAGGGCACGAGCCGGGGAAAGAACACUCAGCUUUGUGUAUCGACCUGCGCGUGCCGGCAACGGCAGGCACGAGCGCACUGAGGUGCAGCGAGCCCCCCCCAUUUAGCUUCACCAGCUAACGCUAGCUAGUUAAAUUAGCGCUCCACUUACGCUUCAGCCGGCGCCGCCGUUUCCAAACCGACCGGGAAGGUCGCUGUGUUUCAUGUGGACUGGACUCCUGCAGGUAAAGGAUGGGCUUGACAGGGAAGAAAUCGGAGAAGGGUCCGGUGUGCUGGAGGAGGAGAGUGAAGUCGGAAUAUAUGCGACUCAGGCAGCUAAAACGCUUCCGAAGAGCGGAUGAGGUCAAGAGCAUGUUCAACUCCAACAGGCAGAAAAUUGUAGAGCGCACUGACAUUCUGAACCGGGAGUGGAAGCUCAGACGAAUUCAGCCUGUGCACAUCAUGACGCCCGUAAGCUCCCUGCGUGGCACCAGAGAGUGCACUGUGGACAGUGGCUUUGCAGAGUUCUCCAAACAGGUCAUUCCUCUAAAAACGCUGAAUGCUGUAGCUUCUGUUCCUGUGAUGUAUUCAUGGUCUCCGCUCCAGCAAAACUUUAUGGUUGAAGACGAGACAGUUUUGCACAACAUCCCUUACAUGGGGGAUGAAAUCUUAGAUCAAGAUGGCACUUUUAUAGAAGAACUCAUUAAAAACUAUGAUGGCAAAGUGCACGGAGACAGAGAAUGUGGCUUCAUAAAUGACGAGAUCUUUGUGGAGCUGGUGAAUGCCCUCAAUCAGUACAGUGACAAUGAGGAUGACGACGACGAAGAGGAUCAGCACGACUACAAACUGGAAAACUGCGACAUGAAGGAUGACUCUGAAGACUCUCGCAAGGAGAGAAGCCUUCUCAACUCUGAGAGUCAAAACACUGACUGCUCUAAAAAAUUCCCCUCUGAUAAAAUCUUUGAAGCCAUCUCCUCCAUGUUUCCUGAUAAAGGCUCUCAUGAAGAACUCAAAGAGAAGUAUAAGGAGCUGACGGAGCAGCAGCUCCCGGGCGCUCUCCCUCCCGAGUGCACCCCCAACAUCGACGGCCCAAACGCCAAGUCCGUGCAGAGGGAGCAGAGCCUGCACUCCUUCCAUACGCUCUUCUGCCGACGCUGCUUCAAAUACGACUGCUUCCUCCACCCUUUUCAUGCGACGCCGAACACGUACAAGCGUAAGAACAUGGAGAACACUGUGGACAGCAAGCCGUGCGGCGUGGACUGCUACAUGUAUCUGGUCCAGGAUGGCGUGGUGAGGGAAGAGUCUGCAGGGGGGUGUGCGGAGCGAGCCAAGACCCCCCUGAAGCGCUCGACCGGGAGACGCAGGGGGAGGAUGCCCACCAACAGCCGGCCUAGCACACCCACGGUCAGCGCCGAGACGAAAGACACAGACAGCGACCGCGAGGGCGGCACAGACAGCAACGACUGCAACGACAAAGAGGAUGACGACAAGAAGGAUGAGACCACCAGCUCGUCAGAGGCGAAUUCGCGUUCUCAGACUCCAGUGAAGCUGAAGGUUAGCUCAGAGCCCCCUGAGAACGUGGAGUGGAGCGGUGCGGAGGCUUCUCUCUUCAGGGUCCUCAUCGGCACUUACUACGACAACUUCUGCGCCAUUGCUCGCCUCAUCAGCUCCAAGACCUGCCGACAGGUCUAUGAAUUCAGGGUAAAGGAAUCCAGCAUCAUUGCACGUGCACCAGCAGAAGAUGAAGACACGCCUCCCCGGAAGAAAAAAAGAAAACACAGAUUGUGGGCGACACAUUGUCGGAAAAUCCAACUGAAGAAAGAUGGCUCCUCCAAUCACGUGUACAAUUACCAACCAUGUGACCACCCGAGGCAGCCCUGCGACAGCUCCUGCCCUUGUGUUACAGCUCAGAACUUCUGUGAGAAAUUCUGCCAGUGUAGCUCGGAGUGUCAGAACCGGUUCCCAGGCUGCCGCUGCAAAGCCCAGUGUAACACUAAGCAGUGUCCCUGUUACCUGGCUGUGCGCGAGUGUGACCCAGACCUGUGUCUCACCUGCGGGGCAGCUGACCACUGGGACAGCAAGAAUGUGUCCUGCAAGAACUGCAGCAUACAGAGAGGCGCCAAGAAGCAUUUACUGUUGGCGCCGUCUGACGUAGCGGGAUGGGGCAUUUUUAUUAAGGAGCCGGUUCAGAAGAAUGAGUUCAUCUCGGAAUACUGUGGAGAGAUAAUCUCGCAGGACGAAGCUGAUCGCCGAGGCAAAGUCUACGAUAAAUACAUGUGCAGCUUCCUGUUCAACCUGAACAACGAUUUUGUUGUUGAUGCAACGAGAAAAGGCAACAAGAUCAGGUUUGCCAACCACUCUGUGAACCCUAAUUGCUAUGCAAAGGUUAUGAUGGUCAAUGGGGAUCACAGAAUAGGCAUCUUUGCCAAGAGAGCCAUACAGACGGGGGAGGAGCUUUUCUUUGACUACAGAUACAGCCAAGCAGACGCUCUCAAGUAUGUUGGCAUUGAACGUGAAAUGGAAAUUCCAUGAAGCCAUCUACCUCUGGAACAAAUGCCUUACACUCUUCAGGAAUUUUCUCUCCACAUGCAUUUCCAAUGUUUUCAAAUACUGUUUUAUAGGACAAGGAUAUUGAUACUUGGAUAUUUUUUAAAACUUCAACCAUUUUUUUUUUUUUUUUUUUUGUCUUUGUUUUUCUUUUAGCAACAGACUUACUCUGGGAUACACUUUGGCAGUAACUUGAACAUUCAUACUUGUUUACAGAUUAGUUUGAACAUCCUUGGAUGUGCCAUUGUUUGUUUUCCUAACGUUCCAGGUUUUUAUUGUGAACAGUUUCAGUAACUUCUGACCUUUUUGGACCAAAUUUGCAGUCAAACAGGCUCUGUGAUCGUAUGUGUGUUCUAUCAGUCUUUAACUGUUUCUAGACUGUUUUCUAUUCACGUGAAAACCAAAGUCAUUUGCAUGUCCUCACACAAAGCAACUUCACACAGGUAUUAAGUACUGGCUGGAAUGCUGCUGCAUCCAGUGUGUGUAAAAUAAAUUUAAAAUUACAUAAAUUAUUAUAAAAACAAAAAAGACAAAAAAAUAAAUUGGAAGCUAGAUUCAGUAUCUAACUUGCGGUGCCUUGAAAUUACAACACUGAAUUCUUUACGAGUAGAUGUCCUAAAAUAUUGUGUACUCAAAUUUGUUGUAUGCAUGAACAAAGAUUUCAAAAGGAGUAGAAAUCAGGGAAAUAUUUCCAUUUUCAAUGAUUACUUUAUGCGUUCUCCAGUCUUUCAAGACUUCAAAGGUGACCAGCUUUUGACUAGACCUGACACUGUAGGAAGGGCUGUCUGGAUGGGUUGUACAGUCUUCCUUAUAGUUAACCAUCUUUUCAUGCUUGACUAAAACGAAAUACAAUCAGAUUUAGUGUGUGGACACUAGGAACCAUGAUGAAGCAAUAAGACCAGCCCUGAAUCAUGUUCAUGAGAAGAUCUUUAAACUCUCCCUAUUUAUUUUGAGUCUCUGUAAGCAGAUUUUGUUGUUUUAUAAUUUAUUGAAAACUGUCCUUUUGCUGUGAUUUUUGCCAGGUAAACACAAUGGAGUUUCUUACUGUAUUGUAGCUGUUCACCUGUUCUUGGACUCUUGUCUUCAGAUUCCUGUUUGGGUUUGUGACCACUCCAUUUCUCUGUUUCUGCCUCUGAUCAUAUAAGGUGCUGAUUUUGUAAUGUUUACAGGGAAUAUUUGUUGAAAGUAAUAAACAGUUGAAAUAUGUUUUAAUUACAUGCUUUCUUUACUUGCUGUAUUAGACUUUAAAAGGUUCAAGAGUGGAUUGGGGGUUUUGAAUCUACCACCAACCAAUCAGUGCAACAUUUAUUUAAACAUGUUGUUUUCUGUUAGCCCAGGUUAGCAAAAUCUGAGUGUUGUAAACAGUACAUUUAAAAGGCUUAAAGAAAACUUUAUUCAUGACAUUUAUAAAACAAGCCACACUAUACAAAUUAUGUUCCUGGAGCCAGUUUGAUGAGUAUAAUCUGAGACCACUGCCACAAUUCAUAAAUUAAGGUUUUUGUUUUUUUUUUUUCCUUCCAGCCAAG